UGUUGAAGUGGCUUUGUCAGCGUGCUCACGUGAGUGGGAAAAUCGCAGAGAAAAUUUGCCGCCUAAUAGCGGGCGAACUCGAGGUCGAGCAACGGCUUUUAUGCGACUGUAAAUGAGGACCUUGAUGGCUUGAUGCGCAUCACAUGUCGUUCGCACACUCCAUAGCGACGGUACAGUAGAGCGGCGGCUUUGCUGACUUCCUGACGUACAACUCUUCGUUCCUGCGGACGCGAAGCUGAGAACGCGUCGACACGCGCUCCUCACCUCUCCAGCGCUCGCAGCUUUGCCUUCAUGAACAGCACUGCAUGCUACGGACUGAAACCUUCUUUCAACUGUGGCAGCAGUUUACUCGUAAGACGUACGCGGGCAGCCUCUUCUCAACAAAAAAUUCCUCUUCCUCAACAAAAAAAUCUUCUUCCUCAACAAAAAAAUCUUCUUCCUCAACAAAAAAAUCUUCUUCCUCAACGCAUCGCACACGGCAACGCAGUCAAUGAAAAAAAGGGCUCGAAAGCAGACCAGCAAAAAUUACGCCGCCUAGGCCCCCGUAGGAGACUAGAAGAAAUCCCACACCGCUUUGUGCAAUGCAGGCGGGACUCCUUGAGCUCUGGAUUGUUGAGCCCAGAGACUCGCAACAAGGUAAGUAUGAGAGGUCGAAAGGUGCAGAGGGCGGGCGGGUUUAUAUACGUGAACGCAGUGGCCUGUGCGUCGCAUCACGUGCUCGCUUGCGGCGCCACCUCGGCAGGCGUGCGCAAGGAGCUUGGAGGUUUGAAGCGUCGUCCACUGUGCUGCUGUGCGCGGAUCUGUUCGGGGAAGCUGUCAGCGUGCUCCCACUUCGGAGAGAGGGCAAUGAGAAUGAGUAGAACCUCACUCCCAUUUCUCCGUCCCUAUGCCUACCGAGGCUUCCACCCAGUGAUACGGCCAGAGGCUGCUCGGGCAUAUGGCGUCAUACAGAAGGGGUUCGCUCGCACUGCAGCCGCUGAUGCGCACGCCGGCCCACACGACAGCGAGAAGAAGAAGCGGUUGCAGCAGCUACGCGAGGUGAAGCCGUUGGACGAAUACUAUCCCCGGCUGGCAUUCCCAGCUGGGGCGGAACUCCAGUCUCUGCCGGACUUCCACUCCAAGUAUGAAGCCAUACAGGAGACGCGGCCGGAUAUAGUAUCGGUCAUCGGUAUGGGAAGGGUUCGAUCAGUGCGACUACAUGGCUCCAAGCUGAUGUUCCUCGACAUUCAGAGAGACACUCAUAGGCUACAAGUUAUGGUGGAACUGAAGAAGCUUACAGGCGGAGAUCAGCUCAACGAAGACUUCAAGAGCUUCAAGAAGGUCGUCAGAAACGGGGACUGGAUCUCUAUCAAAGGAAACCCCACGAGAACAUCGACCGGCCAACUCUCCAUUCUCGCCCUCGAUGUCCCUCAGAUCCUCGCUCCCUCGCUGCACCACCUCCCAGAGAAAGUCGAGAACGCCGAGACCCUCGCCCGAAGACCUCACGUCCACCAGCUCACGAGCGACGAGCCCGGAGACAUACUCAGGCUGCGCGCGCUGGCAUGCGAUUAUAUACGGAAUGUCUUUGUAUCAAAAGGAUUCCUAGAGGUGGAAACGCCCAUCUUCGAUGUCAAUGCCGGAGGUGCCAUCGCUCGACCGUUUGAGACGGUUGCAAAUGAGCUAUCCAAUCUGCCUGUCAGGCUUCGGAUAGCGCCAGAACUCAACCUCAAACGGUUGAUCGUAGGAGGACAAGACAAGAUCUUUGAGAUGGGUCGAGCCUUCAGAAAUGAGGGCGUGGACAACACGCAUAACCCCGAAUUCUCCACCUGCGAGUUCUACGAAGUUGGCGCUACUCUACCCUACCUGAUACAAGGGACGGAAAGACUCGUCCAUGGACUGCACGAGGCAGUAGAGGCGCUCAGAUCGACCUACUUCGCCUCGCUCUCUCGCCCGACCGACAUCGACUUCACACCGCCUUUCAAGCAACUCCCCUUCAUUCCAACCAUCGAGAGUACCAGCCGCUGCAAACUCCCCAAUCUCUCCUCGCCCACAGCAACCGCCGACCUCCUCGCCAUGUUCGAAAAUGACUUCUCCCUACCCAUCCCACCGAACCCCACCCUUCCCCGCCUCCUCGACGCCCUCGCAGAACAAUACAUUGAGCCGCUCUGCAUUCAACCCACCUUCAUAACGCACCACCCCGAAGCCCUCUCCCCGCUUGCAAAAUCCUACGUCUGCCCGGUAACGAACCAACGCAUUGCUGCCCGCGUCGAGCUCUUCAUCGGAUGCCGUGAAUACGUAAAUGCGUACGAGGAGGAGAACUCGCCCUUUGAGCAGCGGAGGAAGUUCAUGCAGCAGUUGGAAUUCCAUCCAGAGGGCGAGCGAGAAAGGGAGGUUGACGAGAGCUAUCUCGAGGUGCUAGAGUGGGGGAUGCCGCCGACGGGUGGUUGGGGUUGUGGGUUGGAUAGGCUGGUGAUGCUGUUUGCGAGUAAGAAGAGGAUUGCGGAUGUGCUGCCUUUUGGGACGUUGAGGAAUGUCGUUAGUAUUGCGAAGAACAAGUAGGACGAAGUACGCUGGGGUUUCGUGUAGUAUAUGUAUGUAAGAGUAGGGUGCACAUGAACGGACGAAGCACCGGGAGCCGUUGGUCGGGAUUCAUGCUAUAAGAAAGACGUACGUUCUCAUUACGAUGUUGCUUCACUCUCUGCAGUCAUAUUUCGCUCUCAUUUUCCGUAUCCUGAUGCCACAUCUUAAAGAUUAUCCCGGUUUUUCUGCCCCUCACUACUCCCGCCCUUAUUCUAUGUCCCUCAUUCUCCUUCAUCUCUGCUCUACGCUUGAGAAUUUUCUGAUUGCUUCAUUACACGCUUCUUCUUCCGCCGCACUUAGAGAAGAGCUAGCUCCCUUCCGCCCAUCAUCCCUACCGCACGACCACUGGAUCCCGCAAACACAUUUGCGAAUAUCCUGAUGCGGCAGAGACCAUGCAUGG